CCACACUUCAAGAGUUCCACAACACGCGCGUUGUUGCUGCGUUGCCUUUUCUUCUCAUCUGGGUGUGAUGAGUGCCGAUAACAGCGAUGGAAAUGUGUCUGUGCCUUUACGGAAUGUGCUCAAUUCCGUUCAGUGCAUCAGAGACCGAGUCAGAGACGGAGAAUCGAACGAAUCGGACGGAGCCUUCAACCUCUCCAACUUCUGGGACACUUUGAACCAGGCAGUGAAGGCAGUAUCUCAGGAAGCCACUAAACUCAGCCUGGCGUUCUCCAGUCCUCCCCUGCCACCUUUACAGGAUGCAGAGAAGUUGUUGGAGUCCAUGUUGAAGAGCAUCCUGACUCUGUCCACAGUCUACUACUGGCUGCCAAAGAGCCACGGGGUGGCUCUGCGUCGACAGGUCAGGAACGCCACAGUCGAGGUCCUGGAGGGGGUCGUUCAGCUGCUGGAGGUCAUACUCAGCUCACCACUACAAAGGUGA